AUGACCAACAUUUUACAGCAGGGCAAAAUCAAAGCGGUGCGAAGCUCGACCAAGGAAGCGCGUCGAGCACUGGAAGAGAGCGAUGAGACGUGCUGGACGCUGGAUCUAAAUUCGCCAAGUACGAGCGAGUAUGCUGAAAUGCAUUGUACUUUUGACGCAGGCGUGCCGAUGCAUCAGCUGCGCACUUUGCUGUGCACGUUUGGCGGAGGUUUUUCGCCGAUCCGCGUGGUCGUGACGGCCGUCGUGGACGGCCAAGACGUGCUCUUAGCCGAUGUCUACCCGAAAGAUGGCAAUAUGCCACAGUCGUUUCCCAUCGAAGCUCGUGGCGCGCAGGUGGCCAGCAAGGUGACGCUCCGUUUGGAGGGCAGCACGGAUGGAUUUGGCCGCGUCGUGGUAUAUCAUUUGGCGGUGCUUACAUGA